AUGUCCGCAACAGUCUCGACUGUCCCCUGUAAAUACCGUACCGGCCGCACCCUCGGCCAGGGAACCUACGCCGUCGUCAAAGAGGCUGUCCAUAUUGAAACUGGCAAGAGAUAUGCUGUCAAGGUGAUCAACAAAAAGUUGAUGGAGGGCAAGGAGCACAUGAUCCGCAAUGAGAUUGCCGUCCUUCGUCGCAUCUCCAUCGGUCACGCCAACAUCUUGACUCUCGUCGACUACUUUGAGACCCUCAACAACUUGUACCUGGUGACUGAAUUGGCCGAGGGUGGAGAACUGUUUGACAGGAUCUGCAGAAAAGGCAACUACUACGAGCAUGAUGCUGCCCACCUGGUCCGCACCAUCUGCAGUGCCGUCGCCUACUUGCACGAGCAGGGUAUCCCUGAGAACUUGCUUUUCAAGACUGCAGCCGAGGACAGUGAGCUGUUGAUUGCUGAUUUCGGACUCUCGAGGAUCAUGGACCAGGAGAAAUUCCACCUCUUGACCACCACCUGCGGAACCCCCGGAUACAUGGCCCCUGAAAUCUUCCAAAAGUCUGGCCACGGCAAGCCUGUCGACAUGUGGGCUUUGGGCGUUAUUACCUAUUUCUUGUUGUGUGGAUACACUCCCUUUGACCGUCAGAACAGUAUGGACGAGAUGCACGCCAUCCUCAACGCCGAGUACCAGUUUGCUCCCAUUGAGUACUGGCAGGGAGUCAGCGAGAGUGCCAAGUCGUUUGUAAAUGGAUUGUUGACGACGGAUCCUAGCCAUCGUAUGACGGCUGCGCAGGCAUUGAAGCACCCAUGGUUGGCACAGUCGGGUCUCAACCAGGAUGGCCAAACCGCACCGGCACCUCAGGAUCAAGACGCUGAGAUGGAAGGACCUCACGAUCUGUUGCCUUCGAUGAUGUCUCGCAUCAAGGCCCGCACAAAGUUCCGCAACGCUGUUGGAGCUGUCAAGGCUAUCAACUCGAUGCGCAAGCGGCACGAGGAGUUGAGGGUUGUUCACCAGGAGGAUGUCGACCAAGUCUUGCACCGUGGCGACGAGGAGAUGGUUUAA